GUCUAGCCAUAGACAGGCAAGUCAUAAUGAAACACACUCCUUUUCCCACGGCUUCGACAUAGGAGUGGAUGUCCUUUAAAGGGACGCUAUACCGUCCACUCUCUUUGCCCUGUCGUUUCCUCGUUGUUGUACUACCACACUUCGAUUCCCUUCCAAAGGCUUCAUUCAGUGCUUCAAUCACUCACUCACUCACUCCCUCAUUUUUGUCUCUUUGUAGUUAGAUACACCAUCUUUCAAAAUGCAUGCCUCUUCCAUCAUCUUUGCCUUCGCGGCCGUAGCCGCUGCUGCCUCUUCUCCGGCGAAGCAGUUCUCCUUCAACAAGCGUCAGGUCUCCCAGGACAUUGACCCAUCCAUUCUCUGUGGUGAUGACUACGUCGACUGCAACAACGGCUGGUGCUGUGGAUCUGGCGAGACUUGCGGAACCAUCGCUGACCUCCCUACAUGCGACAACGGCGGCGACAUCGCAUACCCUUACAACACCGCUGCCGCUGAGUCCGCCCUUGCCAUCGCCUCCAGCCUGCUGCCCUCUGGUAUUCUCCCAAGCGAUCUCCCCGGCCAGGUUACCGACCUUGUUCCCUCGCAUCUCGCCACUCUGAUUCCCACUGGGCUGGCUUCCUUGACUUCGCUUCUUCCGGGUACUACCAAUGGUGCUGACCACAGCGCGAGCCACAGUGCGUCUAGCAGCAGUCCUACCAACUCUGAGGGUGCUGCUGCUGGGCUGAGGGCGCCUGGUGUUUCGGGUGCCUGGGGCGUUGCUGGUAUUUGGGCUACUGCUGUUGUUGGUGGUAUGGCUUGGGUUUUGGUUAGAUAGGUUAUGUUUGGGAUUGGGAUUGAAAUGCUUGGUGCCCUGGUAUAGGGUGUGAUGGCAGGUACCAAGGAUCGGGCUGAGUCGUAGUCGCGUAUGUCGAAUUUGGUCUGUCCACGUAGAUAAGCGUAACUGUUAAUUUAGCGCUAUUUUCUACUUGUAAAUCUGUGCUGUGCAGA